GGGCCGGCCGGGGAUGCGACGCGUUAAAGCUGGAAAGUGCGAACAAUGCCACCGGGAAGUUCGUGCCGAGCACCAAAAACAAAGUGCACCGUGCUGCUCCGGGUGGAUGCGCUGCAGACGCGCGAGAAACCACCGAGGGGGCAGCCGAGCGCAGCCGGGGCGGGAGCCUGGGCGGCCGGCGUGGGCCAGCGGGCGGGGCGUCCCAACCGCCGAGGCUCGGAGCCGCUCGGGGCUGCGUGGGGGCCGGGGCCGGGAGCGCACUGGCGGGUGGUCGCAGCCGGUGCCCCAGACCGCGCGGAGCCUUGGGUGCGCGAAACCAAGACGCCCCGCGAGUGCGGACACCGCUGCUCCAGUUCCCAUCGCUUAAACAAGGUGGCCCGACAAGCUCAAGCCUCCCAGGAGACCUACCACGACAAGGCCCGGGAACACCCCGACGAUGGAAAGCAUCCAGACGGAGGACUGUAUAACAAGGGGCCCUCCUACUCCAGUUAUUCUGGCUACAUGAUGAUGCCAAAUAUGAACGGUGACCCGUACAUGUCAAACGGAUCCCUUUCUCCGCCCAUCCCGAGGACCUCCAACAAAGUGCCCGUGGUGCAGCCUUCCCAUGCAGUGCACCCCCUCACGCCCCUCAUCACCUACAGCGACGAGCACUUCUCCCCGGGGUCGCACCCGCCACACAUCCGGUCCGAUGUCAACUCCAAGCAGGGCAUGUCCAGACACCCUCCGGCCCCUGACAUCCCCACCUUCUACCCGCUGUCUCCUGGCGGCGUGGGACAGAUCACCCCUCCUCUUGGCUGGUUUUCCCAUCACAUGAUUCCCGGUCCUCCCGGUCCCCACACAACUGGCAUCCCUCACCCAGCUAUCGUCACACCUCAGGUCAAGCAGGAACACCCCCACACCGACAGUGACCUAAUGCACGUGAAGCCUCAGCACGAACAGAGAAAGGAGCAGGAGCCAAAAAGACCUCACAUUAAGAAGCCUCUGAAUGCAUUCAUGUUGUACAUGAAAGAGAUGAGGGCCAACGUGGUGGCUGAGUGCACGCUCAAGGAGAGCGCGGCCAUCAACCAGAUCCUCGGCAGGAGGUGGCAUGCCCUGUCCCGGGAGGAGCAGGCCAAAUACUACGAGUUAGCGCGCAAGGAGAGACAGCUCCACAUGCAGCUGUACCCGGGCUGGUCUGCGAGAGACAAUUACGGUAAGAAGAAGAAGAGGAAGAGAGAGAAGCUGCAGGAGUCCGCAUCAGGUACAGGUCCCAGAUUGACAGCUGCCUACAUCUGAGACAUGGUGGCAAACGCAGCUCCUUCCCAACGUGCAAAGCCAAGGCAGCGACCCCAGGACCUCUGCUGGAGAUGGAAGCUUGCUGAAAACCCAGACUGUCUCCACGGCUUCCACAGGCGACCCCAAGGAGUGCGCACACCGGCCUGCCCUGAGGUCCCUGCUCGAGACACACCUCCAUGGAGACAAUCACUGCCGCUCCCCUUCGUCUACUGCAGCAGCCGCGUUCCAGAAGAAAGCAUCAAAGUGGUUGUUUUUUUUAAAAGGAAGUUACAGAGCACAUGAGAAUGCUAGCAGGACCCUACCGGCCAGGAAGCUUCCUCCCCGCCUCUUCAGAGCACCUGUGCCCGCACCAUCCCCGGGCAAGGACAAAACCUUGGCCGCCUUUGCCUGCCAUGCAGCUGGAGCCAGCAGCCAUCAUGUCCAUCUGUCGUUGGUCAGCCUGUUGGUCACACCCCAGCACAGGAAUUUGUGGGAGCGGCCCCUCUGUUUUGUCUUCGUUUUCUCCUUCCUUUCUCCUACUGCUUUUAUUUAACAGUGCAGAACUUUGGUCAAUCUUUUGUUUGCUUUUUUUUUUUUUAACUUGAAUUUUAAAAAAAAUUUACACUUUUUAGGUUUAAUUUCUUGUUGUAUAUUUUGCUAGCUCUGAGCUUUUAAAUAAAAUUUAAAGGUCAGGAAAAGUUUGAAAUGAAAACAAAUGAAAAGCCUCCUGUUUCUGAGAAAUCGCAGCCCGCGAGCGGCUUCUCCGUGAUUGCGUCACAGCAGUGUCCUCUGUCCUUGCGAGGACGAGGUGUCCGAGACCGCUCUGUGGGUAGCGACUGGCACUCCCGUUCACUUAGUUUUCCUUGAUUUUGUUUCCCUUUUUUAAACAGUAACCUUGACACACACUUCAGACCAGUUUGCAGUGACCUUCAGUUUUGUUCUUUUUCACCCCUUGUUGUAAAAAGCCCAGCACUUGAGUUGUUAUUCCUUUCAAUGUCCUGUAUUUGUAUCUGUUUUACUAGGCAGUUAGUGGGAUUUUAUGCCAGUUGUUGAAAUGAGCAUCGAUGUACCCAUUUUUCUAAAGAGCAAGGCGCAGCCCCUGCCCCAAACUGUCUCUAACCUUUGUCAUUCCAGUUUGAGUUAAUGUGCUGAGCGUUUUUUAAAAGAAGCUUUGUAAUAAAACAUUUUUAAAAAGAAA